CACCCAAUUAAAGUUUUGAAACAUUUCUGAUAGCUCAACAACUAAAUCCUACUAAAUUUUCCUCCGAUCAUGGAUAACGCAUUGAAAUCAUUAAAUAAACCAAACAAAUUUUAUCCCACCCACAUGGACGAAGAUCUAAAAGAAUCCGUCGAAUUGGAAAAGGAUAUUACUAAUGGGGAAGAGGAUCCACCGAUCGUAUACGAUUACAUGAAGUAUCCCAGUAAGAAGGGGAAGCCAGGCAAGCUGAUAAAGAGCUUGAAGCCCCAGAAAACUGUUACCUUCAAGAUGAUGGUAGAGCUGGUGACCUUUACGGAAAAUUGGAAGGUGAAGAUGUGCGAGAGUAAGCUGCGUUCGGAGGAGGAACAGGCCAAGAACUCCCUGAAACGGUGCAACUAUUGACCAUAUAGGCUUGUGGAUAAUGUGCGGAUACCCCAAAAUUUUGGGCUAAAAUAUGUUUAUUUUAGUAACAAUUAAAAAAAUUACAUGUUUGCUUAAGAACUAGGUAAUUUGUUUUAUUAUUUUAAUAAAAAAAUUCCUCAAAGAG